GCCUGCACUGCCGUGUCUGAAAUAAAAAAGUCUUCUCUGUUUUUCCAUAUAAUCCGGCUACCGCCUUUCUCAUCGCCGGAUCACAGCUUUUCCGCCGAACGCCCGAGCCAUACCGGACAAGAAAAUAUGGCACGGGCUCUAGUCCUCUAUCUCGCUCUUUUCAUCAGCUAUUGCGGUGUCGUUCGGUGUCUUAGGUGUCCGACUAACAAUCACAACGGCAGAUUUCUCCUCCCGCAGCCGCCGCAGAAUGGCGGAGCUGAUCGAAACAAAAACCAGCAAGCCGCCACAAGCACAACCACGAUGGUUCUCCCUCUGUACCCUCCCAAAGACUCGCCUUCCCUAGUUUCCGAUGCGAAGAGCCUCUCCCGCCGGAACCUCCAGAAUAGCCUUCCCAAUGCUCGCAUGGGUUUGCACGACGACCUUCUUCUAAACGGGUAUUAUACGACCCGGCUUUUGAUCGGAACUCCACCGCAAAUGUUUGCGCUUAUAGUGGAUACAGGGAGUACUGUUACCUAUGUUCCCUGCUCGACCUGUGAGCAAUGCGGCCACCACCAGGAUCCUAAAUUUCAACCUGAGCUUUCAAGCACCUACCAACCUGUUAAAUGUAAUAUAGAUUGCACCUGUGACCGUGACAAUGAGCAAUGCAUUUAUGAAAGGCAAUAUGCUGAGAUGAGUACCAGCAGCGGGGUGCUUGGCGAGGACAUUAUUUCAUUUGGGAACCAAAGUGAGCUCAAACCUCAGAGAGCCACAUUUGGUUGUGAGAACUUGGAAACUGGUGAUCUUUACAGUCAACGUGCUGAUGGCAUCAUGGGCUUAGGCCGUGGAGAUCUCAGCAUAGUCGAUCAACUAGUUGAGAAAAAAGUAAUUACUGACUCCUUUUCAUUGUGCUAUGGUGGGAUGGAUAUUGGUGGUGGUGCAAUGGUUCUGGGUGGAAUAUCACCCCCUGCUGACAUGGUCUUUACUCAUUCAAAUCCAACUCGGAGCCCAUAUUACAAUAUAGAGCUGAAGGAAUUGCAUGUUGCUGGGAAAAAACUACCUAUUAAUCCGCGGAUCUUUGAUGGAAAGCAUGGAACCGUCCUUGAUAGUGGCACAACAUAUGCUUACCUACCAGAAGAAGCAUUUAAAGCAUUUAAGCAUGCUGUCAUGAGUGAAGUUCAUUCACUGAAGAAGAUCAAUGGCCCAGAUCCAAACUACAGUGACAUAUGUUUUUCUGGUGCUGGAAGUGACGUUUCAAAACUUACAAAGGCUUUUCCAUCAGUUGACAUGGCAUUUAGCAAUGGACAGAAAAUAUCACUUUCUCCUGAGAACUACUUGUUCAGGCAUUCAAAGGUUCGUGGUGCCUAUUGCUUGGGGAUUUUUCAGAAUGGAAAAGAUCCUACUACUCUUUUAGGAGGAAUCGUUGUCCGCAACACACUAGUAACAUAUGACCGUGAACAUGAAAGGAUUGGUUUUUGGAAAACUAAUUGUUCUGAGCUGUGGGACAGACUUGGUGCACCUGUUGCACCUCCACCACUGCCCUCAGGAGUGCAUAACAACAUUUCCAAUGUGAAUAUGACCUCUCCUCCUAAUGAGAUUUCAAGGAACAUCACUUCAGAAGAAAUUAAAGUAGCCAGUCUGACGAUAUUCUUAUCACUUAGCAAAAACUACUCAGAUCUGAAGCCCCAAAUUCCAGAACUUCGUGAAUUUUUUUCCCAGGAGCUAAAUGUUAGUACUUCCCAGGUCCACCUAGUAAACUUGUCAUCAACAGGAAAUGAGUCCCUUAUUAAAUUAGACGUUUAUCCUGAGAAACCUGCAUAUUACAUGCAAAAUGUCGAUGCUACGGAGUUUAUCUCACGGUUAAGCGAACAUCAUUUGCAACUUCCUGAUAAAUUUGGAAGUUAUGAGUUGGUGGGGUGGAAUGUUGAGAUCCCUCCAAAACGGACGGGGUGGCACCAGAAUGGCAUGGCUGUAGUUGUUGCAUUAGCAGUUAUAGUGAUACUUGGAUUAUCAGCUUGUUUGGGAUGGUUUCUUUGGAAGCAUAGACAACAAUCACCUCUGUCGUAUAAGCCUGUAGAUAAUGCAAGCCCAGAACAAGAACUCCAGCCCCUAUGAUGCAGAGACCUUUCAUCCCUUAAAUAGAUGUACCAGAAAAAGAAACAGGACCAGUGUUUUGUUCAAGGUUAUGCUUACUUUUUAUACCGAGUUACAGGUUAAUGAAAGUUUUUUCAAAAAGGUCCGCAGAAGUGUCACAGUAGUCUUUGGAACAGAAAUAUGAAAGAUAAUCGCGCCCAUUUCAGAUAUGUCGUGUAUGUAAGUAAAUGCUCUUGAGAUACCAUCCUUAAGCGUCAGUUAUGGUUUAUCCAUGUAUGCUUCUUGCUUUUCG